AAAAUUUUAACAUGGAAACGGGUGGUUCGAAGACUAUGUCGGAACCCUAUUUAUACCGGGCUCAACCGUACCUGGACAAUAACAGGUAGUCGGUUUAACCGGUAUAACCGGCCGGUUCGAACUGGUAUUUAAAACAUUACACACGAAUGUAUUUUUAGGUUUUAUCUUUUGGUUACUAUGUAGAGUGUUGGUACCAAACUGGUACCGCAAUGAACUGAACAACAAUCAAAUUUCUCGUGCGACACAUGGUUAUUUGAUUUGAUAUGAUCAAGAUAUUUGAGCUUGCAAUAAUGUUGAUAUUAUUUUACAUUUUUUGUUUUUUUCCACCGCUGAUGACAAUGACUAAUAUAUCACAUGUGAUAUAGAUUCAAAUAUCACUCCCUCUAUAUACCCUUUAAACUCUUCCUAGCCUAUAAGCAACUAGCUAGAUCUAGCGUAGGACAUGGCUUUAACACAAGCCACGGUUAGUCGACCGACAGCUAAUUUUCAUCCCAGUCUUUGGGGAGAUCAGUUUCUUAUCUACAAUGAGCAAGAUGGACAAGCUGAGGUAGAAAAAAUAAUCAAUGAUUUGAAAGAAGAAGUGAAGAAAGAACUAUUGGUAUCUUUGAAUGAUCCAGCAGAACAUACAAAUCUAUUGAAACUGAUCAAUGCGAUCCAACGCCUCGGCAUAGCUUACUAUUUUGAAAAGGAUAUUGAGCAAGCUUUGCAACAUAUAUAUGAUGUCUAUGGUGAUGACUGGAAAGGUCAUAACACAUCACUUUGGUUCCGAAUCCUACGUCAACAAGGCUUUUAUGUUUCCAGUGAUUGUUUUAAUAAGUAUAAGGACAUGAAUGGAAACUUUAUUGAACCGUUAACCAAUGAUGUUCACGGCAUUCUUGAAUUGUAUGAGGCGGCGUAUAUGAGGGUGCCAGGCGAAGUUGUACUCGAUGAUGCUCUUGUUUUCACAAAAACUCAUCUUAAUAACAUAGCAAACGACCCUGGUUGCGAGGUUAUUCUUUCGAAUCACAUAAAGGAAGCGCUCGAGAGGCCUAUACGAAAAAGGUUGCCACGACUAGAUGCAUUAUGCUACAUACCUUUCUAUGAACAUGAUGUUUCUCACCAUAAGGCUCUACUAAAACUUGCAAAGUUGGGAUUCAACCACCUUCAAUCCUUACACAAGAAGGAGCUUAGCCUGCUUUCCAAGUGGUGGAAAGACUUUGAUGUCCCAAAUAAUUUUCAUUUCAUGAGAAAUCGAUUGGUUGAAAACUAUUUUUGGGUACUCGGUGUCUACUUUGAGCCUCAAUAUUCUCGCGCUAGAGUUUUCAUGACAAAAGUGAUGGCACUUUCAACAAUUUUAGAUGAUGCUUAUGAUGCUUAUGGUACUUUUGAAGAACUGGUUAUCUUCACCAAAGCAGUUCAAAGGUGGUCAAUUACCUGCAUGGAUGAACUUCCAGCUGAUUACAUGAAACUGUUAUACAAAAUCCUCUUGGAUGUUUAUGAUGAAAUGGAGAUUGUCAUGGCAAAGGAAGGAAAAGCCCAUCAUGUUAACUACGCCAAAGAGGCGAUGAAAGAGAUGAUUAGGAAUUUCAUGACGGAAGCAAAAUGGAGAAAUGAGGGAUAUAUACCAACAGUGGAGGAGCAUAAAUCAGUUUCAUUCAUGAGUUGUGGCUACAAAAUGCUUACAAUAGCCGCUUUUGUUGGUAUGGGAGAUAUGAUCACAGACAAGUCAUUCGAAUGGGUUCUCACUAAUCCUCCACUUAUCAAAGCUUCAAGUCAAAUUUGUAGGCUUAUGGAUGAUAUUGUUGGUCACAAGGAGGAGCAAAAGAGAGAGCAUGUUGCAUCAGUGGUUGAAUCCUACAUGAAAGAACAUGAUGUCACAGAAGAGGAAUAUGUCUAUGAUGUGUUUAAACAACAAGUAGAAGAAGGAUGGAAAGAUCUGAAUAAAGAAUCACUUAAAUGUAAAGAUGUUCCUCUUCCUCUUUUAAUGUGUGUGAUUAACCUUGCACGCGUAAUGGAUACCUUAUAUAAAUAUGAUGAUACUUUUACGCGUGUUGGAGAAGAACUGAAGGGUCAUAUCAAAUCCUUAUUUGUUCAUGCUAUGAGUUUUUAACUUUCGAAACUUCA